AUGGCGAAUUUUUUGUUAUUAAACGAAGAAAAAACCAGUCUUCAAGAAAAGUUUAAACAGUUAAUUACAAAUAAAUACGCGUUAUAUACAUCAUAAACAUUUAAUAUUUACUGUUGUAAACUAUAAGGAAGUAUAGAGUUGUAUAAUUUUAUGAAGUAUACAUAUGUAAUAUUAAAUUUCCGAACAUUUACAUAAUUUUAAGUGCUAGAGCAUAAAUUAUUUUUAAUAUCAUCAACGAUGGCCGAUAGCGAGGAUGAAACCUACAGUAGUGAGGACUGCGUCAAUCUUACUGGAUUUCUAUUUGGUAACAUCGAUGAAUCCGGUAAACUUGAAAGUGAUGUAUUCGAUUCGGAGUCUCAGAAACAUCUUGCUUCUCUGGGAAAGUUGGGCUUUGGAUCAAUUUUAAAAGAUCUGAUUGGUGACGAGAAAAUAAAGGAGGAGGUGAUCGACAGUGAUUACGAUUCUUCACAAAGUAGUAGUUUCGAAAGCAACGUUUCAUUAAAACAGGAGGAAAUUGAAAUUAAAAGUGAAGGGUAUCAUUCUCAAAAUCUAGAUAAUUUUAACGUUGACAGUAAGUCUCCAUCGGCAGUUGAUUUCUUUGACAUCACCGAGUUGGCGGAAGAGGAGCCCAGAACAGUCACUGAGGAUUACGAUGCUGAUGAUGAAAAUGUUUCCAAAAAAGACGAUGAACUUAUGCCUCCACCACCACCACCGCCUGUUAGUAAGGAGCAAAAAGAAUCUACAUGUGAAGAUACGGAAAAGAAGAAACUAGAGACGCCUCUGGCGGCUAUGUUGCCUUCGAAAUAUGCUAACGUGGAUGUAACGGAGCUGUUCCCAGAUUUUCGACAUGGAAAGGUGCUAAGAUUCUCUAGAUUGUUUGGACCUGGCAAACCUAGUAGCUUGCCGAAUAUUUGGAAGAACGUGAGGAAGAAGAGGAAGAAACGGAAACACAAAGAGAGCGCUAACCAGCACGAUACAGAUUCGAAUUCUGACGAUGACAAGCCGAAAAACCGAGGCUGGUUCUUUGAUUAUGCGGAACCGAUCCCGCAGUUGAUUAAGAGCGAUGAUGAGGAGAAAUUCCUGAAACCGGUGGAGGCACAUAAUGAAGAAAACAAACUGGAGUCUGAGAAAAAAGACGAUACUGGGCCGAAAGCGGCAGAUUGGAGGUUCGGGCCAGCGCAGAUCUGGUACGAUAUGCUCGAGGUUCCGGAAACGGGAGACGGUUUUAACUAUGGGUUCAAAGUUAAAGAGGAAAUGUCGCCAGAGAGGCCAGAAGAAGAGAACAAAGAAAACAAUAAUCUCGACGAUACCACCGAAGACAAAGACAUACCAGACGACGCCUUCUUAAUGGUCACUCAACUUCACUGGGAGGACGACGUCGUCUGGGACGGGAACGACAUCAAACACAAGGUGUUGCAGAAAUUGAACUCCAAAACAAACGCAGCCGGUUGGGUGCCGAGCAGCGGAAAUCGGACGGCGCAGGCCUUCAGUCAACCAGGAAAAGUGGGCGGGACGGUACGGAUGCAGCCGGUGCCGAACCCACCGUUGCCCGGCAUGAAGUCGAAGGCGCAAUUAUUAUUGAAUAAGCCGAGGCAGGACCAGGAGCAGGACGACACUUGGUAUUCGAUUUUUCCCGUGGAGAAUGAGGAUUUGGUGUAUGGCAGGUGGGAAGACGACGUGAUAUGGGACGCGGAGGAUAUGAAGUCUGUUCCGAAACCGUCCAUCCUUACGUUGGAUCCGAACGACGAGAAUAUUAUUCUCGGUAUUCCCGACGAUAUCGAUCCCUCGAAACAAGUUGCAGGACAAGCCACUCCGGUGAAGGUAAAGAUUCCGCACCCUCACGUGAAGAAAUCCAAGAUAUUGUUGGGUAAAGCGGGAGUUAUUAACGUUUUGCAAGAAGACACUCCGCCUCCGCCUCCCAAGUCUCCCGAUCGGGAUCCGUUCAACAUUUCAAACGAUAUCUAUUACCAGCCACGCACCUCCGAAACGACUCUGAGGCUUAAGGUGGGCGGCGCCAACCUGAUCCAGCAUUCCACUCCGGUCGUGGAGCUGAGGGCGCCGUUCGUACAGACCCACAUGGGCCCGGUGCGUCUGAGGAAUUUCCACCGGCCGCCAUUAAAGAGGUUCUCGCACGGGCCCCUCUGCAAACCCGGGCCGCACAGCGUCAUGCCUCUCGUCAAGCACAUCAAGAAAAAGGCGAAGCAAAGGGAGGCGGAACGGAUGGCUUCGGGUGGCGGCGACGUGUUCUUCAUGAGGACCGCGGAGGACCUUACGGGCCGCGACGGGGACAUCAUUCUCGUAGAGUUUUGUGAGGAACAUCCCCCGUUGAUGAAUCAGGUCGGUAUGUGUUCUAAAAUUAAAAACUACUACAAGCGGAAGGCCGCCAAGGAUUCCGGACCACCCAGCUACCGGUACGGGGAGACGGCGUACGCUCAUACGUCGCCGUUUCUGGGGAUCCUGCACCCCGGCCAGUCCAUUCAGGCCAUCGAGAAUAAUAUGUAUAGGGCCCCGAUAUACGAACAUACGAUACCGGAGAGCGAUUUUCUUAUAAUACGGACCCGGCAACAGUAUUACAUCAGGGAGAUGGACUCCUUGUACUGCGCGGGGCAACAGUGCCCCCUUUACGAGGUGCCCGGGCCCAACUCCAAGAGGGCCAACAAUUUCGUUAGGGACUUUCUCCAGGUGUUUAUCUAUCGUUUAUUUUGGAAGAGCCGGGACAACCCGCGACGCAUAAAAAUGGACGAUAUCAAGAGGGCGUUCCCCUCUCACUCGGAGAGCAGCAUAAGGAAGAGGCUGAAGCUGUGCGCCGAUUUUAAGAGGACAGGAAUGGACUCCAACUGGUGGGUGAUCAAACCCGAGUUCCGCCUACCAACGGAGGAGGAAAUCCGCGCGAUGGUGUCCCCGGAACAGUGCUGCGCUUACUUCAGCAUGGUAGCGGCAGAACAACGGUUGAAGGACGCGGGUUACGGGGAGAAGUUCCUCUUCACGCCGGCCGAGGACGACGAUGAGGAGAUGCAGCUGAAGAUGGACGACGAGGUGAAAGUGGCGCCCUGGAAUACCACCCGAGCGUACAUCCAGGCCAUGAAGGGAAAGUGCCUACUCCAGCUGACGGGUCCCGCGGAUCCCACCGGCUGCGGGGAGGGCUUCAGCUACGUCAGGGUGCCGAACAAGCCCACCCAGAGCAAGGAGGAGCAGGAGUCGCAGCCCAAGCGGACGGUGACGGGAACGGACGCCGAUCUGAGGCGGCUGUCGCUCAACAACGCCAAGGCCCUCUUGAGGAAGUUCGGCGUACCCGAAGAAGAGAUAAAGAAACUGUCCCGUUGGGAGGUCAUCGACGUCGUCAGGACGUUAUCCACGGAGAAAGCGAAGGCCGGGGAAGAGGGCAUGGAUAAGUUCUCCAGGGGCAACAGGUUCUCCAUCGCCGAGCACCAGGAACGAUACAAGGAGGAGUGCCAGAGGAUAUUCGACCUGCAGAACCGCGUCCUGGCGAGCGCCGAGGUGCUCAGCACCGACGAAGGGGAGAGUUCGGAGGACGAGAGCGACGACGACAUCGAGGAGAUGGGCAAGAACAUAGAAAACAUGCUGGCGAAUAAAAAGACCAGCACGCAGUUGUCGUUGGAGAGGGAAGAACAAGAGAGGCAAGAACUGAGGAAGAUGAUCAUGGAGGGCGGCGAAAAGGAAAGAAACAAAGAUAAAAAGAAGGGGGAGGAAGAAAACGAGGAGAAUUACGCACAGCAAGGUCGCGUCCUGAAGAUCACCCGUACGUUCAGGAACCCAGAGGGACGGGAAUUCACGAGGUUCGAGCUGGUGAGGAAAGCGGCCGUCAUAGACGCGUACGUGAAGAUCCGCACGACCAAAGACGAGGCCUUCAUCAGGCAGUUUGCGACGUUGGACGAGGCGCAGAAGGAGGAGAUGAAGCGGGAGAAGCGCAGGAUCCAGGAGCAGCUGAGACGCAUAAAGAGGAACCAGGAGAAGGAGAGGAUGAGCGGGCAGAACAGGGCGCACACCCCCAACCUGCCGCCCGCCGGUACCAUGGAGAAGCUGCCGAAUCCCAACGAAGGACCGUCAACACCGGUGACCCCAGCAUCAAGCAAAAACUCAAAUGCUUCCCCGUCUAAAUCCCGAAGGAAGACGAAAUUAAAACCAGACUUGAAACUGAAGUGCGGCGCCUGCGGAAACGUCGGUCAUAUGAGGACAAACAAGGCUUGUCCGUUGUACCAAAACAGCGGCGGAACUAACGCCCCCAUGAACGUGGCGAUGACGGAGGAACAAGAAGAGGAUAUCGAGAAGCAACUGAACACGGACGACGAGGAUUUGGUCAACGUGGACGGUACCAAAGUGAAAUUGUCGGGCAAGCUGUUGAAGCACGCCGAAGAGAUAAAACGGAAGAGCCUCAUGUUGAAGGUGCCCAAGGACGUUUUGGGUUCGGGCAAGAAGAGGCGGAGGGGAGUUUCCGACUUGCACUGCGAUUAUCUGAAGAAGCAUAACAGGCCGGCGAACAGGAGGAGGACCGAUCCCGUGGUGGUCUUGUCGACCAUUCUCGAGAAUAUACUCAACGAGAUGCGGGACAUGCCCGACGUGCAGCCGUUUCUCUUCCCCGUUAAUCCGAAGUUGGUGAUGGACUACUAUAGAAUCGUCCAUAGGCCGAUGGAUCUUCAGACGAUACGUGAAAACUUGAGGCAGAAAAAGUACCAAAGCCGGGAGGAGUUUUUGGCGGACGUGAACCAAAUCGUCGAAAACUCCAAUCUCUACAACGGCCCUAAGAGCAGCCUGACGGUCGCCGCCCAGCGGAUGUUGAACAAGUGCGUGGAGAGGUUAGGAGAGAAGGAGGACAGACUGAUGAGGCUGGAAAAGGCCAUCAACCCGUUAUUAGACGACAACGAUCAGGUCGCGUUAACGUUUAUCCUGGAGUGCGUCGUCAACACGAAACUGAAGACGAUGUCCGAGUCGUGGCCGUUUCUCAAGCCCGUCAACAAGAAGCUCGUUAAGGAUUACUACAGUAUCGUGAAGAGGCCGAUGGAUUUGGAGACCGUUUCUAAGAAAAUCGCAGCUCACAAAUACCACAGCCGGCACGAGUUCUUGGCCGACAUCGAGCAGAUUUUGGAGAAUUGUAUAUUGUACAACGGCAAGGACUCGCCCUUCACGGAAAAAGCCGAACAACUUGUGAUCGCUUGUAAGGAAACUCUAGACAAAUUCGACGAGCACUUGACCCCGUUGGAAAACAAGCUCCUACUGGCCCAAGAGAGGGCCAUGCAGGACGACGACCAGACCUGGAUGGGAGGCGACGACGAGAAUUACACCAUCGUGGAACCCGACAGGAUCAGCCAGUCGAGCUCCCCCGACCACCUCUCCUCGGUGAAGUCCCAGAUGGACGAGUACGACCUGAUCGACGUGGAGGGGGAGGGCGUCCAGGGUAUUGACGAGAGCGUGAUCCUGCAACCGCCCCGUUCCAAGAAGAAGUUCAAGAAGGAGGAGGCGCACACCCUCGAGGAAGACCUGCAGUUCUCCAGCGAGGAGGAACUCGACGAGGUGCCCCUCAACGAGUUCGAGGAUGACCAGAAGGGCAUCCUGAUAUCCGCCGAACUGCCCAUGGAGGGGGAGGGGGCGGACGACGACAGCCAGCAGGCCGCCGAGGCCAUGGUGCAGCUGGGUACCAUGGGGUACUACCAGCAGAACGAGGACGAGGCCCAGGAACUGGUGUACAAGGAUGAAAGUAUGGACGUUGAUCCAAAUUACGACCCGUCGGACUUUUUAAUGACGGGAUUACCGCUGCGUAAGGUCGAAGAUGCGGAUAUGAAAAUACAAGACGAUCUGGCAGUCAGCGAAAGCGAAGACGAGGGCACGACCGUUCCUCGGGAAACGAUGCAGGAAGAAGACGACGGGGGCGAUCUUUGGUUUUAGACUUGUAAUUUCAGUAAAUGUUUAUUUAGUUA